AUGUCCAUUGCAAUAAGACAAGGCCAACGGUAUUUUAAGCUAGGUUAUUCAACAGAAGUAAACAGUCCAGAUGAAUCCACGUUGGUGCUUCCAGCACCAACAAUGCGCAUUGCAAUUGAUCUCAUGAUCAACAACAUUCAGCUACGCACGACAAAUUAUGACAAUGUAGUGAGUCAAAUAGCAACGCGAUUUACCAAGUUUUGGCAGAUGGCCAAGUAUGACGUUGCAGUUGAGAUUCUGGAUGACUCGUGCAGCAGUUUCACCAUCGCUUGCAAGGAUACAAUCUUUGCGCAAGCUCCAGCAAACGCAUUUCCCACCACCAGGACGCAACACCUCACGUUGAGUUGCUUAGCGAGAGAUUCGAGUGAGAUUGAGUUUGAACAGUUGAUGCAAGCGUGGGAUUACUUGUUGGUAUCAUGGUACGUUCAAAUGGAGUCGCGUCAGCCUUGCAUUUUCUCCGUUGCCGGGCGUAAAUUUAUUGAGCUUAAUCUAUUCUGGACGAGGAAGUUUAUCGAGAUUUUGCAGAUUGAAGUUGGCUACGAAUGGGGUGGGUUGGCUCAAUUGGCAGAUAUUGUGCGGACAAAAUAUACUGUUUUGCAGCUGUGUGUCGAGCAUCGUCAUGGUGCAGGGUCGCGAGAUAUGAGAGAGAGAUUCGAGGGCAAGGGCGUCGUGGGUCCUUACCUUUUGCGUUUGAUCGAGACAGCUGAUGACUAG